AUGGUCCAACUCACAGAAGUAGAGGACGAGCACUUCCAGCACGCCCAGGUCGGGCCUGAUGAGGACGAGGAGGAUUUCACUGAUACUGACUCCGAAAUCUCAACCGACUCCCACUACGACCCCACAGCCGAGACCCUCGCCGAGCGUCUCGCCGCCCUGAAAGACAUCAUCCCCCCGACCACCCGCUCCUGGGUGCACGCCAAAUACGAGGCUACCACCUCGACCAUCAAAUCUGUCGUGACCUUUGCGGGGAGGUCUGCCUGGGCGCUGAGCGUGAGCGCGAUACUGGUCGGUGUCCCCUGGGCUCUGGCGUACGGCGAGGACCAGCAGUUUGCGGCUAUGGAGGCGGAGCAGAGGAUGAGGGAGCUGGGCGGGGAGAUUAUGACUGCUCCUGGGCAGGAGGGCGGGAAUAAGGAUCCUAUGCUGGGGGAUGUUGCGGCUGCGGUUGGGGGUGGUGCUGGGGGCGUGCAGCAGGUUAAGGCUGCUCUUUGA